CACUCAGAUCAGUGCGGAUGACGCCGCUAUCCGUGCGUGUGUUUAUAAGCGGAUUCGCUCCUCAUCAAACAGAAGUAGAACACCGCGUUGAGACGAACGGGAUCGUUUGGACUCAAUCGGAUCCCUAAUGUUUAUUGUUUUAUCUUCAUCGAAACAAACGUGUUGAUUUAAUUCACCAACAGUUAAACCAGAGCCACAGGACGCGGCUGUUCUGUUUUUACCUUCACUGUUUCUUAUUAACUCCGUAAAUUAUUUUGGAGUUAGUAAAAUGACUCACGGUACCGGAGCAGAAAUGAUCCUGGAGGUUUCAGCCGCUGCAAGUUUCGUGUGCAGGCUACUGCGCAGCCGCGGACACCUGAGUGACGCACAGCUGCAGGUGUUCAGAGCCUGUCUCGCGCAGGCGCUCUCAGAACACUACCAGCAUCACUGGUUCCCCGACCGACCGCAGAAGGGUUCCGGUUACCGCUGUAUUCGCAUCAAUCACGAAAUGGACCCGCUCAUUGGCCGAGCGGCUGUACGUAUCGGACUGACCAGUGGACAGCUGUUUUCUCUCCUGCCGCGGGAGCUUACGCUGUGGGUGGACCCGUACGAAGUGUCGUACCGCAUCGGCGAGGACGGCUCCAUUUGUGUUCUGUAUGAAGUCGAGCCGCCCAUCUCAAGCCCCAUCCCCAGCCUCCGAGUACCCUCGCCGUAUGACCAAACGGCGAGCUGCAAAAACUGCUUCACGAUGGGCGGCCGGACAAGUCCACCGAUAAACUACCUGAUGACGGUGUCCAGCUAAACGCACGGGACCGGUGUCCGCUAGUGCCACGCCUGAGCGGCCAACCGCCACUUAAGCAGUUUACGUGUCCCGUGAUUUCACAUUUCUAGACAAUUCGGGCCUGAUUCGAUCCCUUUAUUUACGAUGUACAGCCUCAAGCACUGGGGAAUGUGUGACUUUUUCUGUUAGCCUGAAAUGGGUUUUGGGCUAAUUUUACUUGUGCUAGCACACCGUGUCAGCGCAAUAACAAUACCUCACGUCUCUCACAAGAAUGCUAAGCAAUUAUGGGCCAGAAGCACACUCUACGCCAAUGCUAGGUUAACAACACACGCCAUAUUCAUGAACCGCAAGUUGAACGAAACGAGCAAUCUAAUGUAAAUCGCUAUGACUUUGCUUGCGUUUCAUGAAUAAGGUCCAUUGUACGUAACGUAUGUUCUUGCGUUAACAAACCGCAGUUUGGCAGCGAGUCGCCCUCAAAUAUCUGUGAACGAAUUUCCGCGUCAUUGUUCGUAGAACCAAUCUUAUGUAAAUUUGAGUUUCAUGAAUGAGAGUUUUUAGCAAGCUAACUAAAUUCUGCGUGGUAUGUUGGUAUGCGUUGGUUGGCAUUGGAUGGUAUGUUGGUUGGCAUUGGGCCGAAGUGCUAGUCAAGACUAGCGUCUGUAGCAUUGUAGCAUCUCGGGCUGCUGAGCGGUCGGUUCACUGUUUUAGAUGGAUGUAGUUUUUGUAACUAUGGAAACAGAGUUUGCUUUAAAGUACAUAUAUGAAUGUGUGCAGAGAGUUGUACAGUCCAUUUUUAUAACAAUAAACAUUUUAUGCAGCUAAAGUGGCACUGAGUGUUUGUGUGGUUGUAGUUUAUCUGUGUGGUGUUUCAGUGAUGAUUUGUGGGGAUUUGGUUGAUGUCAUUAAACGGCAUUACUUGUCCAAAGUGUUUAAUUGGGGUAUUAUGGGACACGCACACGGGCAGAUGGCUUGAACAGAGUCUGGAAGGCCACACUAUUAUCACACACACACACACACACACACACACACACACACACACACACACACACACACACACACACACUUCCCCCAGUGUGUUGAAAGGGAACUCUUUGGGGUGGAAGGUCAGGGUAUAAAUGGUUAACAAGCGUUUCUAAGCAGCUUUACAGAUAUUGAAACUGUAAUAUCUAUAAAGUCUCAGUGAGCAGCUGCAGCGACUCCGUUGAACUUAACAAGGACAAUAAAAGUGUGAACACAAUAAAUAAUAAACACUAACUCUCUGUUUGAACCGUGUGCUCAAAACUAUUUAAACCUGUUGAUCUGAACGUUCCUGCAGAUUCAUAAACAUCAUGUGUGUGAACGACACCUGAUCUGAGUGUGUGUGUGUGUGCGAGUGUGUGUGCGAGUGUGUGUGGGAGCGUGUGUGUGUGAGUCAGUGAGUGUGUGUGUGUGUGUGUGAGUGUGUGUGUGUGCGAGUGUGUGUGGGAGCGUGUGUGUGUGAGUCAGUGAGUGUGUGUGUGUGUGUGAGUGUGUGUGUGUGCGAGUGUGUGUGCGAGUGUGUGUGCGAGUGUGUGUGUGUGUGUGUGUGUGU